GGGGCUUUCAUCUCAUCUUGUCGCCGCACUGGAUUUGUCCCUGUGACAGCAACUGUUGAGUUUGCUGCCUGAUUUUAUUUACAAAGGAAGGAAGCAUCACAACUUCCGAAAAAGACUGAACAAAGAUUUGUUAAGUGGCAACCCAGAAGUGUCGUCCAUCUGUCUCAAAGUUCAACAAAGUGAGACGUAAAAUAAAGUUCUGAAUUUGGAGUCUCACAUACUUUCAAUCAAAUAAGGAGACAAAUCACUUAAAAGAUUUCCAACUGUUUGCUUAAACUUUGUACACUAUUUGAACGACAGUGCAUUUUGUGCAAAUUUGAAGUUAAGCAACGAUUGUCCAUAUCGUCUGGCAAUGUGAGCUCCAGUACAAAUUGAUGUGGAAAAAGUUUAUAUUUUUAAAUGGAGUUGCAAGAUGGAAGAAGAUAAAUAAAGUGUUGAAUUUCCAUUAGUCUAAUUCAACGAGUGCAAAAAUAAAUGAAAGCUGACUUUCUACGUAUUUGUAUGCAAGCAUAUAAUAAUAUCUCUGCUUGGAUGCUUGAAGACGUCGUCGUCGUCAGUUGAAACAAGUCAACCACCGCCACGACUACACUACCGAACUAGAGCUAUCAAGUUGUGUGUACCCCAAACAAAACGGAGUUCCAAGACAUUGACAAGAUCUACGAGAGAAGGAGGAGGAAUUGCAAAGCAUUGCCUGAAAUCGCAUCUCAUCUUCAUAAAGUUUGGAUGAGCGAAAUUCGUGGUCGUUGUUGAUUGCAGUUUUCUUUUUCACACACCGAUCUUCACCCGAUCUGCAAGCCCGACCCAUGGCUUUUUGAACGGGAAAGAUUUGCAGCAGCAGUGUCAUCCCCCUAAGCAGGAAAAAUACACAUGAAUAAGAUUUGCUCGCUAGUGUCCCAGGAAGUAUUUGAAUGUAUGUGAAUCAAUUUGCACUUUUUACUCUUCCGUUUAAAUGAACUUUCCGGUGGUGCAUCGUGUGGUGGUGGCAUCGUCGUUAGUGGUUUCUUAUACAUAAAAUGUGAAUACAACAAAUUCCAAGUUUUUCCUACGACAACCAUUACUACCACUUCAGAUUCAUCGUAUUUCAAAUGAACGUUGGCUGACAGGUGUCAUCAACUCUUCAUAAUAUUUGCAAUUACUGUAAAUUGGUCGACAAUCUUGUAAUCUCGUGCGAAAACAUAAAACAUAAUUAUUGACACUUUUCAUCAAAUUAGCAUAAUCAACAAAACCGUGAACUUGUUCAGCCUGUGUUUAGUAAGAUACGACGACGGCAUUCUCAGUCUUCACGAAUUAGCAGAGAUUUGCUAAAAAUUUUGAACAAUAAAUCCAAAGUCAUCAAAGAAGAAUUAUCAAGUUUAUUCAACUAAUGUGAAACCGUGAUGUGAAUUUAUAUUAUAAAAUGCCGUGUGAAUUUAGUUCAUUCAAAGGCACAAAGUGAACUUUGUGAACCUCUGGGAAACAUCGUGAGGUUUGGAAUGCAGUGAAAAUGUAGUAGUAAAAAAAUAAACCACUUGUAAUAAUUUUGCAAGUAAUUUUAGUGUGGGGACGACCCCCGUGUGGGUUUUAGUGUGUAAGCAAUUUACAACACCGGGAAAUGGAUCCGACGCAUCGAUUCGGAUAGAAUUAAAACGCUAACCAUAUUAAUGAAGUAGUUUUUAAAGGAAGAUAAAGUUGAAAAUUAAACAUGGGGCUAACAACAAGCCCCUGGAAAUUGGCAAUCCCCUUCUUAAUUGUGAUAUCUUUAAAGUCUGGCGAGGGAUUUGUCGUUGUCGCGGAUCAAAAUAGAGUCGAAGGCUGGAUUUUAUUCGACUCCCAAAUCCAACUACCUCCUCCUCCCCCUGAUGCGGGGGGCAGUUCCUAUAACACCACCCAAUGGCACUACCAGUAUCGAAUCUCUUACCACAAAACACAACCCUGGGUGCAUCGACUCCUCCGCCUCGAUUCUGAUGGACAACUUAUGUUUCGACGAAAUUAUGCCCACAAAUGUCAACUAUCACACAUCUUCCCAUCUACUUUCAUUGUCUAUGUCGACAUCGUCGCAAAAUCUGCACUUGGGCAAAAACAAGCAGGCGAGCACGAGGAGGACAGUCUUCAGUUUGGAAAAAGCCCAGCACAAUUAAAGAAUGAGCUGGCCAGACAAUUUUAUGACUGCAUCUCCUUCCCCAUCACGGUCAUCUUGAAGGAGUCUAAUGAAUGCAAUCAAAACUCACCGGUGGGAACCCUAAGUAAAGAAGGAGCUUCAACUUCUACAGGAGAAAGUGGAAAUGAACUGACUUCCAUUUCCCGGACGGUGGAUGAUAUUUAUGUUGCGCUCCCUAUAAACUGGGAUGAUCGUUGUUUUCACUCUUCUGAGAAGAUUGGCAAUGUUUACGACUUUCUUCCUUCCAGUGUAAAAGCGCAGUGUGGGGUGAAAGCUAGUGUUUCGGGUGACGAGCAUACUUGGGGCGUUCAAGCGUCCACUAAUGACAUUGUGUUAAGACGGGACUGGUGUUUAUUUGAACCAGGAUACCACACUAUUCAAUUAGUGCUUCAUCUCAACUGUUCCACAGAUGGAAGUCUGCUUCCUGAAAGUGUAAUGUCCUGGGACCAAAUGGUUCAUCUUAUACUGCACAGUGGAGGAGGGGGUGGUUCGUUGAUGGACUUCCAUCCAAUACAUCGGAUAAGGAGGGAGAUGCAAAAUCAAUCCCCGUUCUUUGAUCAACCACUGUACAUUGCUUCAGUCCCGGAAGAGCAACCACCCGGCAUUACAGUGACCACUAUAACUGCAUCUGAUCCAGAGAAUUCCCCUCUUUCGUAUUCAAUGACAUCUUUAUUGGACGCAAGAUCUCAGCAAUUUUUUGCGCUUGACCCAAAAUCCGGGAUCGUGACCACGGUGGAAAAGCUGGAUAGAGAACGGAUGGAUGUUCAUUAUUUUCGCAUUGUUGCUACUGAUUCCGGCAUUCCACCUCGAACUGGGACUGGAACUCUACAGAUUUUGGUAUCCGACUAUAACGAUUGGGGGCCGUUAUUUGAGCACGCUGCCUACUCGGUGUCUGUGCGAGAAGGGUUAUCCGUAGGGGACACAGUGCUUAGUGUUCGAGCCACAGAUCAAGACACUGAUAAAAAUGGCGACAUUCACUACUCAAUUCUCAACCCACAUGAUAUUGACGACACUUUUCGCAUCGAUCCCAACUCGGGUGUUAUUACCACAAAACUGGCCCUCGACAGAGAAAAGAGGGAUGAGUACACUCUCAUAAUCCAGGCAUCGGAUUUAGCACCAAACCAGGUGGACAGGAAAUCUGCAACGGCCACAGUUCGGGUGGAAAUCUUGGACGAUAAUGACAAUUGGCCACAAUGGACGCAACGACUCUAUAAUGUCAGUAUUCCAGAAAAUGUGGAUGUUUCGAACUACCCCGUUAUCGCACGUGUUAGUGCUACUGACGCGGAUGAGGGUGUAAAUUCGGCCCUGAGAUAUUCUAUUAUUGGUGGCAACACCCAGAAUAUUUUCUCAAUUGACAGUCUUACUGGCGAAAUCAGUCUAACAAAAAGCUUGGAUUAUGAAUCUACCCGAAGUUAUCGUCUUAAUGUCCGUGCCAUUGACGCUGGAAACCCAACUCGGUCAAACAAUACUAUACUGGCAGUGAUGGUCGAAGACCAGAAUGAUUCUCCCCCUCGGUUUUACUCUCAAAUAUUCCAAGAGACAGUCCUAGAAAACUUGCCCCUUCAAAGUUCAGUGUUGAGAAUCCAGGCAUUUGAUCCUGAUGAUGGCGACAAUGCCAAAAUCUAUUAUCGUCUCUCGUACAGAGAAAGUACAGAGAAAUUUCCUUUCGACAUUGAGCCCGAUUCGGGAUGGAUUAAAACGAACCGUGAGUUAGACAGGGAAGAACAAUUUCGUUACGAUUUUGAAGUGAUUGCUGCAGAUUCCGGAAAUGUACCGUUGAGUGCGACAGCAAGUGUAGUGAUUUUAGUUUUGGACUCCAAUGAUAACAAUCCCACGUUCGACCCUAAACUGUAUGAAAAUCAAGUAUCUGAGUUGGAUGCACCUGGGACUCCCGUUGUAACGGUGAAAGCUACCGAUCCGGAUGAGAACUCGAGGCUAACUUAUGAAAUAGCCGAAGGCAAUGUUCGUUCCAGGUUUUCAAUCACAACUCAAAACGGAGAAGGGAUCAUCACCAUCGCUCAACCACUGGAUUUCAAGUCUGAAAGAAAAUAUGUCCUCACAAUUCGUGUUACCGAUUCCGGAGGAAAGUCUGAUCUGGCCACAGUUUAUGUGGAAGUGAGCGAUGCCAACACAAAUCCGCCUCAGUUCCAGAACACACCCUACUCUGUGAAAAUAUUCGAAGAUGUUCCCAUCGGCACUACAGUUCUCAAUGUGCUCGCCACUGACCAGGACUCUGGACUAAAUGCACAGAUAAUUUACACAUUUGUGAAUGACGGCGGCGAUAACGAUGUGGAUAAUUUUAUGAUUGACUCAACGACUGGAGCAAUUACGACGAGUCAGUUGUUGGAUCGAGAAAAGGUGCCUGGCUAUAUUCUGACCGUGAAUGCUCGAGACCGAGGCAUUCCCCCACUAUCCGAUACCACGGACGUGGAAAUUGUGCUGAACGAUGUUAACGAUCUCCAGCCCACAUUUGAGAGGGAGUACUAUCAUGCAAAGAUUGAUGAAGAUGUUCCAGUAGGAAGUUCAAUUAUGCAAGUUGCAGCGUCGGAUGGCGACGUAGGAAAAAACAGUAUCAUUAGAUUUAGCUUCUCCACGUUUUCGGACGGUGAUGGGACCUUCAGCGUUGACCCAGCCUCUGGAAUAAUCCGGACCAUAAAACCGCUUGAUCGGGAAGCCGUGGGAAGGUACGACUUAAUGGUACUAGCCACUGACCAAGGUACUCCCCCGCUGUCCGGGAAAACCAAUGUGACCAUCGCAGUUCAAGACAAGAAUGAUAGCCCUCCCCAAUUUGAGUCAGAUAGAAUAAGACUGUUUAUUCAAGAAAACUCCCCCAUCGGUUCCGUAGUGGGGACAUUGAAAGCAUCAGAUCAAGACGAAGGACAAAAUGCUCAGAUUAUCUUCUCCAUCGUGGGAGGAGUUGAUGCGAAUUCUUUCACCCUCAACUCUCACCCACAACCAACUGGUGGAGGCAUUGGUGGGGAUGGGUCUGAAGGCACAGCAGCCACUGCUUCUGCCGACAUUCUUACAAGGAUUGAAUUGGAUUACGAGUCCCCGAGAAAAAAAUUUGACAUUAUCGUUCGUGCGGCAUCACCUCCCCUAAGAAAUGACGUCCACGUGGAAAUUCACUUGGUUGACACGAAUGAUAAUGCUCCUAUGAUCAAGAACCAGUUCCACAUUAUUCUCAACAACUACAAGGACCAAUUCCCGGUUGGUGCAAUUGGACAAGUGCCGGCUGUCGAUGCGGAUAUCAGCGAUAAGUUGCACUACACAAUUGUGAGUGGAAAUAAAGCUAACCUCGUUUAUCUGGACCCUAAUGGAAUGAUUACUCUCUCGCCAUUUCUGGACUCGAAUGUUCCACUACAUGCAAAAAUGGAGAUUGUCGUCUCAGAUGGUCUAAAUGAAGUACGAUCCGAAAUGAUUAUUUCGACCCGAAUGAUAACGGAUGAGCUGCUCUUCAAUUCGGUGACGAUCCAAUUGGCCGAUAUGACGACCGAAGCGUUCUUGUCUCCUUUAUUCAAUCAUUUCCUUCAAGCAGUCGCCGUUAUCCUCAAUGUUCCAAAAGAAAACAUUGUCAUCUUCAGCGUCCAGGAGGAAAUAGAAGGGACUCGUGGGACCUUGAACGUGAGCCUGUCAGCCCGAAGACCCUCCUCAUCCACCUCCUCCGAGGAAUACUUCAGUCCGGACUACAUCAAGGAACGCGUCUUUCUCAAUCGCCUCACCCUCAGCAAACUUGCCAUCGGAGUUGAUGUUCUUCCCUUCAGCGACGACCUGUGCCUUCAAGAACCUUGUCUAAAUUUUGAAGAAUGUCUGGUAGUUCUCAAAUUCCGCAAUGUCUCAAACUUUGUAGCGACCGAGUCCAUGCUUUUCCGGUCUGUUCAUCCUUGGCAAACCUUUUCAUGUCGAUGUGGAGUCGGUUUCACUGGAUUGAGAGAACACUACCUGUGCGACGCGGAGAUCAACCUCUGUUUUUCAUCUCCUUGUACCAAUGGGGGAACUUGCUACCAAAGAGAAGGUGGAUAUUCAUGCGUGUGUCCCCCUGGAACUACGGGCAAACAAUGUCAAAUUCAGUUGGAGUUGGAUACAUGUCAGCCCAACAUUUGUAGUAGUGGAAGCAGUUGUACGCCACGACUUCGAGGGGGAUUCCUUUGCCAGAAUUGCACUCGAGGGGAAUAUGUUAAUUCCUUAUGCGAACUAACUGCUCGUUCAUUUUCUCGUGGAAGCUUUCUUAUUUUCCCAGGACUGAAGGACAGAGUUCGCUUGCACUUGGAGAUUUCAUUUGCAAGUCAACAGAAAAACGGGCUUCUAAUGUACAACGGGCGGUUUCAAGAGCGAUAUGACUUUAUUGCAUUGGAAAUUGUGAAUUCGGUGGUCAGGUUCAGCUUUUCACUGGGCUCCAACAAUGUGACAGUGGUGGAAACGGGAAGUCCUGUCUCGGACGGACUUUGGCACACUGUUCGAGUAGAAUACUUCAAUAAGACGGCAACGUUAAGCUUGGACAAUUGCGACGUGAUUGUGACUCUGGAGAACCCCGAUGAAUUUCCACCAGCAAAGUCUUGUGCAGGCAGAGGGUUACACAUCCUAGAAGACCGAUGCUCCUCAUUGACGGAGUCCUGCCAGCGUUUUCUGGACCUGACUGGACCACUUUACAUUGGAGGAUUGCCAACUAGCAACUCUCCUAACACAAUUCAAACCCAUGAUUUUGUAGGAUGUGUCAAGAAUGUAUUCAUCAAUUAUAAAUUUGUGGACAUGAAUAAUUACAUAAUGGAAAUGGGGACGAACAACGGCUGUCCGGAGAAAAAUAAUUUUUGUGCAUCUUAUCCGUGCAAAAAUGGAGGGAAAUGUAUCGAUGGCUGGACUACGUAUGCUUGUCAAUGUAAUGACGGGUGGGGUCAGAAAGAUUGUUCAGAAGACGCGAAACCUGUGUGGAAUCUCCGAGAUGAUAGCAGCCACAUUUCAUUCACCCCUCAACUCCGUCAAAUUCAGUUCCCCUGGUACAACUCGAUUUCACUUAGAACACUCAAGAAAUCAGGAAAAUUAAUGGCAAUCAAGUUGAGCAACAAUGAGAGUCUUUCCAUCACCUUGGACGACGGACUGGUCCACUACUACUACAAUGAACAAUCCAUCCCUGUUACCCUACCAAAAAUAAAUGAUGGUCAUUGGCACAAUAUUGAAGCAAAGUGGAUGACAGCAGAAAUAUGGUUUUCGCUGGACUAUGGACAAUUUGAAGUCACGGUACCUUUUGAAGCAAAGAUGCAAAAUCUGCAUGUGACCACAGUGGUGAUCGGAAGUUCGGCAGGAGGAUCUCUGCCAGAAUCUUCCAUGGCAGGAUGUGUUCAAGAUGUUCGGGUUGGGAGUGCCAAGAACUACUUGAGGAAGACGGAAAGCGAGAAGGGUGUAAACGAAGGGUGCAGUUUAGCAGCUGCGUGCGUCGGUGCAAUCUGUCCACAGAGGUCAACUUGUGUUGAGGAAGGUGGACGACAUAAAUGUCAAUGUGAUCCUGGAUAUGUGGGAGAUAAAUGUGUUCCCAUUUGUUCUCUUAAAAUGUGUAAGAAUAACGGGACCUGCAUUAUGGAUUUAACAACAGAGCGAGGUUAUCGAUGCCAGUGCGACGACAGGUUGUUCCUCGGAGAUUAUUGUGAAAAACAAAUGGAACUCUCAUGUCCUUCGACUUGGUGGGGCUGGCCUAUUUGUGGACCUUGUUCGUGUCCAGCUGAUAAGAACUUUAGUCCAGACUGUAACAAAAAGACUGGGCAAUGUAGAUGCAAGGAAUAUCACUAUGAGAAGGAUGGCGUUUGCAAAGACUGUUUGUGUUAUGGUACGGGGUCAGUGAGCAAAAAUUGUGAUCCUGACACUGGAAAAUGUCAAUGUAGAGCUGGCGUGGUUGGGACAAAGUGCGACAGUUGUCUCAAUUCUUUUGCUGAGGUUACUACGAAAGGCUGUGAAGUUGUCCGAGAUGGCUGUCCGCGAGCCUUUUCUUCUGAAGUAUGGUGGCCACGAACAAAGUUCAAUUUGGUUUCUGUACAUGAUUGUCCAAACGGCGCCGUUGGGCUUGCAACUAGAAGUUGUUCUUCUGAAGGAUGGAAUUCCCCUGAUCUCUUUAAUUGUACUUCAAAUUCCUUCAUCUCCAUCGUGAACACUGUUUCCCAAUUGGAUUCUAAGGACUUGCCGUUGGCACCACUCCUCUCAACCAAACUGGCUGCAGAUCUCACGAAAGCUUUGAAUAUAUCUCACAAACUUUAUGGAAAUGAUUUGUGGAUUUCACUAAGAAUGCUGACGCAUCUUAUUGUACAUGAAACCAAACAGUCAGGAUUGAAUCUAAGUCAUCGACAAGACAAAAAUUUUAUUAAGAACAUUAUAACUUCUGUUGGGAAAGUGACCUCCAAGGAGUACGUUCAUGAGUGGAAUCGACUGCGACGGACAUAUGGCAGCGGUUCCGAUUCGUUGCUGGCUUUAAUGGAGAAAUAUUUGGCACAUCUUGUCCUGAAUCAGGAAGACACUUUCACCAAGCCAUUUGAAAUCCUUUCAAACAAUAUGAUUAUGGGACUGGAUACGGUUGAACUAACAUGGGAAAAUGAAGGGAGAAAAAAUUUUGAGGACCUAGUUGUUGAAUCAAAUUAUGACUUGUACGAAGUCACGUCAACUACAAAAAGGGCUGUUCGUUUCCCAAAAUACGACAACAUCGUGAUGGAUCCUAGACGAUAUCCAAAAGGCUUGAAAAUUAUCAUUCCUUUAGAUAUUUUGGGGCUUCAGGAUGAGAAAGACAUGGCCGGGAAUGCGGUUGUUGGAUUCACAGAGUAUUAUUCUUUGUGGGAUGUUUUACCGAAAAAGUUUAUGAAUGACGUGGAUCGAAGAUUCAAUUCUGAACUAGUGGCUUCUCCACCUGUCGUAUCCCUUGCAAUUUUGGCAUCACGACAAGGAUUAGUUUCCGGACGGCAAACUACUCCAGUUCGCCUCAUUUAUGAAAUUUUUGGACGAUACAUAGAUUCUUCAAAUCCACAAUGCGUAGUGUGGCAGGAACCCACGGGUUUGAAACAACCUUUUACUGGUUUCCCUACAAUUCUGGAUGACUCUUCAUCGGAUGAUGGGGGGUGGACAUCAAGGCCCUGCCAGACUCAAGUGGAGGAGCAGUACAUUUCCAAGUCUGUUGGAAACAUGAUGACUGUCAAUUGUACAUGUUGGCAUCUAUCCACAUUUGCUGUUCUUAUUGAAAACAAUGAUACUCAGGAUAUACCCAGAGCAGGACAAAUCGAAGACAUAGUCACGUAUGUCUCAUUUGUGGUGGCACUAACACUUAUUUUCGGAGCACUGAUUGGACUCGGCAUCCUGCAAGGUCCUGUGCCUUCAACCAUCACCAACACGAUCCACAAGCAUUUAUUACUCUCAAUCUUCUCUGCUCUCCUUUUCUAUCUCAUCGCUCUCAAAUUAAGAUUGAUAUUAGUCGCAAAUGAUAAUCUUUGUCGGGCGUUAGCUAUUGGUCUUCAUGCCACUUGGCUUGCCACAUUUUCAUGGCUAUUUGGAUCUGCUAUUCAUCUUCGAAGAAUGUUUACCGAAGUAAGAGAUGUAAAUCACGGGUCAUCACUUUUCUACUUCGCCCUGGGCUACGCAUUUCCGCUCCUGUGCGUGGCUCUCAGCUUGGGAGUCAGGGCUCACCAUUAUGGAAAUCGAUUUUUCUGCUGGUUAUCCUUAUAUGAAGGCAUAGUUUGGGGGAUGGUUGGCCCCAUUUUGGUGUGUGUGCUCGCCACUCUUUUCAUCUUUUUACUUGCUGUAAGGGCAGCCUUCACUCUUAAAGACCAGGUUGUCGAUUCUGGAAACAUGAGGACCUUACUAUGGAUGGAUUUAACCCUUCUGCCCAUUUGCGGAAUGGUGUGGGCCUUGUGUUUACUGGGGGCUAAUGAACGGAGUGCCGUGUGGCAGUUUGCAAUUGCCGUAGCAGUGGCAAUACUUAGCAUUUAUGUGGCAUUGGGGUACUGCAUUUUAAACAAAAGGGUCAAAGACAGUUUUAUGCAAAGACUGGGGGUGCAUGAGUGGAGACAUGAAACUGACAGAAGAGAUCGGAACUCUGGAGCUCUGUUCCGCUCAAGGGAUCCAAUCGCUCAGCAAAAUGCCUCCAGAUCGGCAUUGGUGUACAGGACAGAUUUGGGAGUCGCAGGUAGGGAUGAUCCCAGGAAAAAGGACAUGUUCAGAAAUAUACGAUCUGGCGUAUCAACUGCAUCGACAACAAGCCGCUCCACGACGAAGACAUCCAGCAGCCCUUAUGGUUAUGGAGCUACUUUGCCACACUACCGAGUAAAAUAUGGGGAUGAAGUUGACAGAAAACAUCAUGGCAAACGACGUAAGCGCUCAAAUUCUGAUGACGAUGGAAGUUCCGAUGGUGAAAGAACGCUGGAAUUGGCUUCGUCACACUCUUCAGAUGAAGACGAAGCGACCACAGUUCAUGGGCCUGUGCGAUCAGCGACAUUAGGAAUGAACGGGCAUCGCUAUCCGCACUACCGCCUCGUGCCCAACGGAGGUCUCAACGGCUGCCCCCACUCACCCAACACUGGUCGCCACAAACUGGUCUCGGCGUCCCUCUCAACGCUGCACGUUCCCGCAACCCAACGACCUCCAGCCCUGCCCCGUCUCUACUCCACCCACUGGACGCCCAACAUCAUCACCACUCCGACGUACCGGGAACUGUCUUCCAAUUUUAAAGGUUGUGGUGGUGGGUCAAUGAUUAACGGCGCAGCAGCCCCCAGUUCGGGUUCAGAUAAUGAAAACUCUGUCAAUAUUUACAAAUAUUCAGCAGCCGAAGAAGAAGGAGACGACCAUUCGUCUCAACAUUCCCACCAGGGUCAGCCCAAUCAGUCCUCGUCUUAUCACCCGAUGUACGCCCAGCAACAAAAAGAGCUUAAUUCUCAGAAUUUGGGUCAUGGCCAUGGACAGGAGCAGGGAAAAUCUGCAUCUUUUGUACCUCAAGGGUUCGAGACUGUGAAUGAUCUGAGUGGGACAGCAUCCCCCAGCCUGAGUACCUUUGGACGCAUCUCUUCCCCGGCUGAGAGGUGGGGCUCGUCAUAUGGAAUGGUCAGUGGACCCGGAAGGCCUUUAGCAGAGUCAUCCCCACUUCAAGAGCGUCCUCCUCAUCCUCAACACCUCUCCUCGUUUCAUCCAACCGACGAUGAGAUUAACACUGACGAACUUCACGGCGGCGGUCAAGUGAAUCGUGGACUGGAAAUGGAUACUAUGAGUGGUGACGAAGACGAAGAUUCCAGUCCUCAGUACCACCAAGCAUACCGACAUCACCAACCAAGUAGUAGUAGUCAUACCCAAAAUUUGUCCUCACACCAGCAACAGCAGCACUACCUGUACGACUACCCACGCCAUCCCAGUGUCCAAGUUGUGCCACCCUUGUCUUCCAACGAGGAAGGGAGCUACAGGGUGGAGGGUGAUCGCCCCCACUCUUCUACGCCAGCUCCACCACCCCAUCCCCACGGGGAGGACGAGGACGACGACAACUCGGACGCUUACGAUGGUUCCAUAGUUGCAGGUGUGCUUGUAUGACAUUCAGAGAAUUCUAGUUACUUUUAAAUUCUAAGUACUCUUCAAUCAAUCAUGCAUGCAGUCAGCAGUAGCAAACUGAAGCAGAGUCAGUGAGAUUCAUAGUGGUAAAAUGCAUGAAGAGAAAAAUUGUGUUCCUUACAUAUUUUUAGUCAUUCCAUCGUAGGAAAAGAUAGGAGAAUGAGGGAAUUAUUAUUAUUAUUUGUUACUCAUUUACUUUUUACACGAGUUCAAGAUCUCAUCAUUUCUUUUAAGAUGUUUGUUUUGCUAAAAUGCAUGUACAAAUGUGUAUAUGUGUGCAGAACACAUAGGGCCCUAGAGUAUCUUUAUAUAUAUUAUAUAGAUGUAUCCGGUCUCAAUGUUCUGCUUCCUUCAAUUUACAUCUCAUACAUACGUUACGUCACCAAGUUAUUAUUAUAGGCAAAAACAGUAAAUUGUACACUAUCAUCGGGGUGUGUCAAAUUGAACUAGGCUCUUAAGUUCAUGCAAUUGUCCUUCUUACUGAAUAUCAAUAAUAUUAUCAUGUCAUAAUAAUACUUAACUGGGAGGUAACCCUCAAUUACAUAUACUCGUGUCAACAAUCAUAUCAAAAUCAUAUACGACAACCAUAACAAAUGAAUACUCGCACGAAUGUUAAUCUUUACUAUUGCUAUAUUGUGGACAAGAACAUACUGUCCAUGUUCUCAUCAUUUAGAUACUGAAAAUGUGACGAUGUACUGCCUAAAUCAAGGUUUUAACUCUUCAAAGCUUUAAGAAUACUGGAAAUAAAAGCCUAAUUUGGAGUUUCUCUAUCUACCUAAUUUAUUUAUAAAUGACUGGGCAAUUGGUUGCAAAGGUACUAAUAAAUAAUCAUAGAAUGCUAGAAUAAUGCUUAAUAAUCUUAAAAAUUGUAAAAUUUAUAACAUAAUUUACACACAAGAAAUUUAAUUUUGUACUUUUGCACUGUCCAUUAAUAUUAUGUGUAGCUUCCAUAUUUUUGUGAAUCCCAGAUAUUUUAUGCAACUGAUGAUAAUGUUGAAAAUAAAACAAAUGAUCAAACAUA